CCCAGUUCCAGUGAUUGGGCUCCUGAACCGAUAAUCGAACCCCUCAUAGACCAUUGGUUUGUGGCCCUCGUCUCCCGCCUGCCCAGUUUCCCACGGGUCUCGUUCCCAGGCUCAUAUGCCCAUCACCGCAGGCUAGAAUCCUACUCCUGGCGCGACACCGAGCUAAUCUCGCUGGUGAAUCUGAUGUGGCUACCCGGUCCGGAAGGGAUGCUCCGGUUCUGGGCGGCUUGCGACAAGCAUUGGGAGGAGGACGAUGAUGACGAGGACGGUUUUGCCAAGGGGUGGAAGCCGAACGUGGCCAUCACCGUAUUUACGGGGUCCAGUAAGAGCCGAAAAGAGCACGAACCUCACACGGAGGCGACUAUGCCGGACGGACAAGAGACGGGUUUGUGGCCGACAUCAGAGGAGGUUGCGAGCAGGGAGGUGUGCUAUUGCCCGCCGCCAUGGGCACUGUCCCCUAUUUGAGGUCGUCCAUACCCAGCGAAUUAUCCAGAGAGACAAGCGGCUUGCUUGCCUUUGAACAGCCCGAUGCUCUUCUCGCUGGUGUGCGGGGGCUGGCGGAAGCAGUUCUGGCUAAGGAACCACGGCUGGCAACGGCGGCGCGAUCGCAAGCAACUGGCACGACAGCAGCUGGGCCAAGCCAGUUGCCCGCGGAGAGGGCCUGAGUGAGAUAGCGUGCGCAUGGUGAGCAGCAAGGGCCACUAGGCGACGAAAAGGCCAGGGAAAAGAAAUCCGAACUCGUCGUGCCACUUGGUUCCAGGAUCGGAGUGCUGAGCGCCGAGAAUGAGAGUUCUGAUACAGAGGUAAAUUCGUCACCAUUGAAGUCGAAAAAUGUGUUGAGAAAGUGCCGAAUAGCCUCGCCUAGCUGGCAGUGUUUUUGUUUUCCUUUUGUUUCUAUCCUUGUUCCCAUCGAAGGGUUAAGGCCCUUGAUGGACGGGGCUGCCACGAGUGUGCGUCUUGCAACCGCGAGGCCGAGAGACUGAAUCUGGUAAUGACCAUCAAACGAUAUAACCUGCUCCCUGGCACUCCAAAAUUACCAUGAGCCUCCCAUGU